ACCAGUAACCCAGCGUAGAGAUGCCAUCAGUGACACGUGAUAGGGUCUUCAAUUCAUCUCCCCUGGAAAUGGACCAUUUUUCCUCAUUCAAAUUCCCAUCUCAGUAAGGAUACUGCAAUCACAGAAAAAGUCCAGAAGUUAAGAGUGAUUAAAGACAAAAUGGAGAGGCUUUCAUGUGACAGAUGUGUGAAACCUGGUGCUACUGAGCUGACACUUCUCAGUCUGCUAGAGGCCAUUUGUUGUUCUAAUGAAGAUAGCAGAUUGAGAAGAGAAACUUGUGCACCUGGGCAAGUGAUAAGAUCAGAACAGAGAAGUGCUGAACUUACCUGAAACCUAACAAAAUCUACGAAACAGAUCUGAUCUUUCUGAAGAGCCAGUGCAGACCAGCAGAAAUGACAGCGUAGAGAGGCCAUGGAGAAAACUCCAAGUGCAAAGUGACUGCAUCAACAGCAGUCACGGCAAUGGGAAAACUCUCUGGAUUGACAACAAAUAAGCUGAUCAGGGAAAAUAAACUCAACAGCUUUACAGGUCCAUAUGAAAACUUGGAGGAAGCUGAAAUGCACAGCAAAGCCAGCUGGCUGUUCCUGAGGGUGGGCCCACUGCCAGACAGCUGUGACAGGAGGGAGCCAGCCCCAGUAGCCACCCCUAGAUGACCUGGGCUACCCUGGGAUUGACUGAUAUUCUUUAAUGCUGCAAUCCUCAGACAAUCAUGGAGCCGUAUUUUCCUGGUUUUAAGCACAUGCAGCAGGACUAUGAAGUUACUCUUGAACUUACAAGUGAGGAGACUCAGAAAAAUAGGAAUGCACAGAAUUCUAAGACGGGAUCUUAUGGUGUCAGUAUUAGAGUUCAAGGAAUUGAUGGACAUCCUUACAUAGUACUAAACAAUACAGAAGGAUGUUUGUCAGAAAAUCCUCCUCUUGGAAAAGAUCAGAAGGUCAUUUCUCAGACUGCAAGCAAGCCAUCCACAGAAUCCAAUACUGCUUUUAAAUUGGAGAACAGAAACAGAGAACAUACACAGUUCCCUGGAACACAGCUUGUUCAACCCUGUAUGUUUAAAAGCCUCAAGAUAACUGAUCUGGAUGAAAAGGAAAAUGGAAUAUCAGAUUUUAGAGAUGGAUUGCCAAAAUCCUCCAAUUUGUUGAACUUUCAAAGACAUCCUGAGCUUUUACAGCCUUAUGAUCCUGAGAAGAAUAACUUGAGCUUGGAUAGUUACCAGUCUUCCAUGUGCAGUAAAUCUACAUCUUUUGCAAAAGAAGAUAAAAGUGAAGCAAAGCCUUGGAUUUCCUCAUCUAAAGUAGUGUCCCUACAGAAAACAAAUACAUAUCUUGCAGAGUCAGCCACAGCAAAUUCCAAAAAAGUACAUUUAAACAGGGCGGUAGACAUAGAAGACCAAAAUAAGCAGGUGUUGGAUUGUCCCAGUAGCACUAUCAGCCCAAGUGAAGUGCAUGUUUCAGAAUUGUUUUCAUCUACAGGAGGAUCCCCAUGUGCUAGUCCUAUUGCUUAUCUGGAAACUAGAAAACCUAGACCAGAUGUUCUUCCCUUCCGCAGACAAGAUUCAGCUGGGACAGUGUUAGAUGACUCACGAAGAUCGUCGUCCUCAUCAGCUACUCCCACUUCUGCAAAUUCCUUGUACAGAUUUUUACUUGAUGACCAAGAGUAUGCAAUCUAUGCAGACAAUGUUAAUCGGCAUGAAAACAGAAGAUACAUCCCAUUUUUACCUGGAACUGGUCGCGAUAUUGAUACCGGUUCCCUUCCAGGAGUAGAUCAGCUAAUUGAGAAGUUUGAUAAGAAAGUUGAUCCUCACAGAAGAGGUAGGUCAGGAAAAAGGAAUAGAAUUCAUCCAGAUGAUCGUAAAAGAUCAAGAAGUGUUGACAGUGCCUUGCCAUUAGGGUUUGAUAUAAAUUCAAAUAAUUUAGGUGAACUCAGUAAAAGCUUGGGUAAGUCAGCUGAGCACUUACUAAGACCAUCUAAAGUUUGCCUCCACAAGCAGUUAUCCAGAGAGCAAAAGCCACCUUCCAAAGACAUGAAAAUUUCUGCUCGAAGUAUUGGAAAACUGCAAAUGCCUGAUAAAGACUCUCAGAACAGUCAUUUCAGUUCUUUGCAGUAUCAUAAACAAAAUGGAGCUAAUACUGAGAGCUUCAUGUUUAGGUCAUCCACACUUCCAGGACAGAAUAAGAGAGAUGAAGUUAAAACAGUAACUUCUACUCUGUUGUUGCCAAACCGAAUCACAAUUCCAUCAGAUUCAGGAGCCAAGAAGAUUUCUGUAAAAACAUUUUCUUCCGUCCCUAAUACACAGGCAACUCCUGAUCUCUUAAAAGGCCAGCAAGAUAUUGCACAGCAAACAAAUGAAGAGACUGCUAAACAGAUACUUUACAAUUACCUUAAAGAAGGAAGUGCUGAUAAUGAUGAUGCAACAAAGAGGAAAGUCAACUUGGUUUUUGAGAAAAUUCAGACAUUAAAGUCAAGAGCUGCUGGAAAGACACCGAUUUCUGAUUCUUCAGCUGAAGUAAAAGCAUUGGUGGAGCAAAAAACAGAACUUGAAAGGAAAGUGGAAGAAUUACAGAAAAAACUGGAUCUAGAAAUCAGGAAUCAGCAAAAUUCAAAAGAGGAGAGAGAUGCUACACGAGCAAGCCUGAAAGAUCUUCAGUUCCAACUUGAUGAAAGUAUAUGUGAAAGAGAUGCCUUAAAAAAGAAGCUGGAAGAAAACGAGAAGGAACUCCGGCAGAACCUAGAGGAGCUUUUUCAAGUGAAGAUGGAACAGGAACAACACCAGACUGAGAUCAGAGAUCUUCAAGACCAGCUCUCUGAGAUGCAUGAUGAACUGGAUAAUGCAAAACAUACUGAUGAAGGGGAGAAAGAGGUUCUGAUUGAGGAGCUGAUGCAAAUGAAGCAGGAUCUGCAAGAAGUAUUAAUAGCAAAAGAACAACAAGAAGAAAUUUUGAGAAAGAGAGAGCGAGAGCUUACUGCUUUAAAAGGAGCACUAAAAGAAGAAGUAUCUAGCCAUGACAUGGAGAUGGAUAAACUUAAAGAGCAACAUGAUAAAGAAUUGCUUGAUCUACAGCAGAGCCUGGAGAAAGCAACAAAGAAUGCUGCUGUCCUUGCUAGUGAAAGAAACGCUGCAGAAGAGAUGCGAAAUAGUAUAGAAAAUCAAGUCAAGGAGCUGACAAAGGAAAAUGAACAGUUGAAAAGAACAGUUGAUGAGCUAGAGAGUAAAAAUGAAGAGUUGCAUAAACAAUUUGAUAAUAUGAAAGGAGAAGAAGAUUCAGUGGAGGAAAAAAUAAAGAGAUAUGAGGAAGAGAAGCAACAAUUAGAAGCAGCUUUGAAACAUGCUGAAAAUGAGGCAAAAGAUUUGGUGGUGUUAAAAAGAUCUUUGGAAAGCCAGCUAGAAGAUAUGCAGGAGAACAUUCGAUGUAUUUCGCAGGAACGGCAGGAGUUAACCCAACAAUUAAAAGAUGAAAUUCACCAGAAGGAACAGCUGAAGAAGAUAAAGAGUGAAAUGGAAAAUGAACAAUGGCAAUUGAACAAGACCAUUGAAAAGUUAAAGGAGGAGAUGGCUGAAGUGGUAGAGGUCUCAAGAACAUCAACUCUGGAGCUUCAGAGCCAGCUUGAUGAAUACAAGGAGAAAAGUCGCAGGGAAGUUGCAGAUGUGCAGAGACAAUUGAAAGAGAAAAACCUUGAGGUAGAAAAAUCACGCCUGACAACCAUGAGAAUGCAGGAUGAGAUGCGUCUCAUGGAAGAAAACUUGAGAGACCACCAGAGAGCUCAAGAUGAAGCAAUAACAAAAACUCAGCUGCUGGAACAGACUGUGAAAGGCUUGGAAUAUGAACUGGAGGUCAAAAACCACUUAAAAGACGAUCGGGCAAGACAAAUCAAAUUAAUGGAGGACAAAUUAUCUCACCUGGAACUUGAGCUUGAUGAAGAAAAGAAUAAUUCAGAUUUGUUGUCUGAGAGGAUCAGUAGAUGCAGAGAACAGAUUGAACAAAUGAGGACAGAGCUACUUCAGGAAAGAGCUACAAAGCAAGACUUGGAGUGUGACAAAAUUUCAUUGGAAAGACAGAACAAGGACUUAAGGAGCCGAAUUCUUCAUCUGGAAGGUUCUUACCGAUCCAGUAAAGAGGGACUUGUUGCUCAGAUGGAAGCAAGGAUCACAGAGCUAGAAGAACGUCUUGAAAAUGAAGAGAGGGAUAGGGCUAAUUUCCAACUAAAUAACCGCAGACUUGAGAGAAAAGUGAAGGAGUUAAUGUUGCAAGUAGAUGAUGAACAUCUCUCAUUGACCGACCAAAAGGACCAGUUGAGUUUGCGUUUGAAAACAAUGAAACGUCAAGUUGAAGAAGCUGAAGAAGAAAUAGACAGACUGGAAAGUGCUAAAAAGAAACUUCAGAGAGAACUGGAAGAGCAACUAGACAUAAAUGAACAAUUGCAAGGACAACUUAAUGCUGCAAAGAAGGAACUAAGACGAAAGAAGUCACCAAGUAAAAUGCUGACUGAUUUUGAUGAUGAUGAUGAUGAUGAUGAGUUCAGCACGGAUGGCGAUAGUCUCUGUGAAGUGCCUUCAGGACAUAACUUUUCAAAAGAUGAUGACACAAAAUACUAAAGUAUUGAAUCUAUGAUUCCUUGAAACUAGUGGAAUAACCUAAAUUAUCAAGAAACUGAAUAUUCUAGAAGCCAAAUGCCACAAAGGGAUGUAAGACCUGCAAAUUUAAUGUUUCCAUUCAUACUGUGCCAUUUUCUUAUUUAGAUAUCCUCUGUUUAUUAUAGAAAACAGGAUUGCAUUAUAAAACAGCUAUAAAACUUGGUUAUAUAUAACAGCUACUGAAAACAUGGGGAUAAUGUUUCACAUUGGAAAUGUGAUUUUGCUAAAAUUCGGUUUAAGUAAAGAGCCAUUUGAAAGUAAUUUAAAAUUAGUUUGUAGUUAUUAAAAUAUUUUCCCUAAAAUUAAAGAAGCCACGGACAAUUAUUUAGUAAUUGUAAGUACAAAGGAAUGAUGUAUAGAAUGUAAAUAUUUUAAAUCUGAUCUUUUUAUUGACUACUUUAGUACUACUCUGUAAAGCUUCAAAAAUUAUAUAAAUCAGUUUCAUAUGUAAAAAUAUCUAAAUGUAUGCUGAAUAUUAUAUUUGGGUUUUAACAAAACAAAAGAAUAUAUUUUUGUGCAUUACAGAGCAGAUUCACAGUUCCUGAACCAGGAAGUACAUUCUAAUUUUAAAAACAGUGCAAGUUUUAUUAUAUAUGUGUUAAGAUCAAGUGCUAAUUCUGCCUGUUGACUUUAAAGGGGCCAUCACAUGUGCAUGACAAGUGAGGCUUGCCUACUACUUUCUUGUAAGCUAUUUGGGAAGCUUUCUGUCCAUAGGAGGGAGGGAUGAGAAUGAAGUCAGUUACUACUUGGCAUUUUUAAUUUCCUGAAAUGGACUCUAUGCUGCAAGGGGCGCACAGCACUGUAGGCCUGCUCAUUUGAGGGCACCAGGACAGGCUAAUCUUAAAGUCUCUGAGGAGUCCCACAAGAAAUUGCAUCCAGGAAACAAAAGUAUGUAAGCUGAUUUUUCUUUCUAACCUGUUCUUGAGCAUCUAUUUGUAACAUAUUGCAAUGUAUGGCCAUAUAUGCAGAUAUAUAUUAGUAUUUCAAUUUAUAGAAAUAUCUGCAUUUUGGAUGAUCCAUCUGUUGAACAAACUUUGUGGGAAAUUAAAAAAGAAAAAAGGCAUUGAAGAUUUAAUUUAAAAAGCGUUUUCCAUUUUAUUGCUAAAAAUAUUUUUGUUGUUUCUUACAUCAUUUUUGCUCCUUUGCAAAUCUAGAAUUUUAAGGAAAGGUACUGCAACGUUAUUUUAUUAAUAAACUAUAGCUAUGUUCUCUCUUGUUAUUAGUAUUUGUCCCCAGUUACAUAUAACUGAACACUUUUUCAUUGAAUGUGCUCACUACUAGUUUAUUGUAACUGUAAAAAUAUUUAACCUGGAGUUCCUGGGAGCUUCCGUUACUCCCACAACAGUAUCUACUGAAGAGGACAAAUUUAACAGCUCUGAAAGUAAGGCUGAUAACCUUGCUUAAGGCAAAAGUUCUGACAAUGGAGCAUCCAUUUUCAUAUGAUUAUGUGAAAUGAAACUCCUGCCUGGCAGAUCAGAAAUAUAUUCAUACAUAGCAGAUUACAGACUCUGUUGCCAUAUAAUUCCCUUCAAAUUGAUUUUGAUGGAUUGAGAUAUAUGGGAACUAACAUGAACUAAGUAGUUAUAACCAUCUGUUUCUGAAUCUUUUACAUCUUUUCAGGUAGUUUAGAGCCUACAUCGUGUAAUUUUUCUGCAGUAACAGCUUUACUAUUGUGGCAACGUCAAAACAGCCCUUAUUCCAGGAAGAUCUGCACUAUACUGUAUUGACAAUCAUUGUAUAACCUGCUGUGAUUUAUUUUAUGUUUCAUUAACAUGUUUGUGUAGACUUAACUUUAAUCAACUGGCUCCAAUUUUCAGUUCUGUUACGGUACUCUGUCCUAAUGUUCAUAGAUAACUAUUAUUUCAAACCACUGGGAGAAAAUCACAUAAUAUUGCAGCUACCUCCAGUUACACUAAACUGUAAAAGAAAAAUUCACUUCAAAUAAACACUAAGACAGCUCCCGCUGUUCUUUGUGUGGUGCAUUUAGCUCAAUAUGACAACUGAAUUUCAUAUGGAAGAUGUGUAAGUUUAAAAUAGAACAAGAAAAUAAUUAUCUGAGAAACACUAAUGCUCUUGAAAGGGUUUCAGGAGAGAUUCUGCCUGUUACACCUUGCCACUCCCUGCCAUGUCAUCAUCAAAAGAACUGUCCUUUGCUUUUUCCUUUAGACUUGGAAAUGGCAUUUCCUCUAAUGAGUUCUCAAAUGGUAUGACUAAAAUCAAAGAAAAUCUUAAGAUAUUGGAAAGGGCAUUUCAACUCAUUCGCAAAACAAUCUGUUCUGUUUCAAUACAUGAUGCUCUCUGAAGUGGAUCACAUUGGUAAUUUGGGCUGGUUUGUUUAAAAAGUCUUUCC